CAACCAGAAUCACCUCGCAAGCAUAUCAUGRUUUCAGAAGCCUGUCAUGCGAUCCCUGGYAGUCUCUAUGUUUGUUCUACUGUUUUCUUACAAAUAUAUAUAGAAAAUGUUGUGCUUUUUUUCCCCAGAUGUGCAGUUGCAUUUAGUUGGCGCAGAGCAAUGACAAGAAACAAUUUGGUUUCGCGGAGCCUCCUUUUCUGUCUUGUCUUCUUCAGUGAUGUUCCUGACGCUGCAAAUUCAAGAAAAUGGAAGCUUGAAAGUGAUUUGAGUACUCAUGAAAUGGGAAAUGGCCUUGUAGAAGAUACGAAGGUCAAAAGAGAGGUUCGCCUUUUAGAGCUCAUGGUUGGUGGUUAUGGGGGAAUAUCAGCUGGUGGUGGUGGCUCUGGCGCUGGGCCUGUGGG